CUUUAACUUUCCCAACGAACCAAAAAAGAGCAGCCGAAACGUUACCGUCUCCUCCAUUGUUCUUGUAAUACCCUAACUAAACCUCCAAUUGCUCCCACGCAUCUCGCGUGCUCAUGGCUUCCUCACAGCCGGGCUUUCUCCGAGCCGUCGAGCUCCGCCUCCUCCGAUGCACUCUCUCUCACGGCUACCCUCCCCCUCCCCCGUCCUCCCACCCUCCGCCCGCCCCCCAGCCGGACCCCCUCCGCCCCCUGGUCGAGGGCCUCCUCGACUCGAUCGAACGGGGAAACUACGCGGACGCGCUCUCUUCGGAUGCUACUCGUCUCGUCUUCGGAUUCGCGGACUCGUGGGAGUUCGAGGACUCCGUGGACUGUGCCGCCCGGUUCUACGACGAGGUGGAGAGGAGCGUUGAGUUGUUUCUACGGAACGGCAACUCGGCGGCCUGGCUCCAAGUUCUUGAUGCGGACACCGACGCUGACAUGGAGUGCAGGUGUGCGCUGUUGAUGUGCGUCGGAGUUGCAUCGCUUCUUGCUUUCACGCAGCAGAAUGUGACCGGGCCUAUUGGGAGCUUUUCUCCUUUUCCUCUAUUGUUUCCAUGGUCAAAGAAGGAUGGUGCAAAUAACAGUGGAGGGGAGUGGGAUGUAUGGGCUCGAAAUCAGCUAUCUUCCGUUGGUUCUGAUGUUCAAGGGAAGUUUCCACUCUUACAGUAUAUUGUUUAUGCGAAGAUUUUGUUAAGCCAGAUAAAGAAUUUGUCCAUGGAGGGGGAAGAUUCUUGUCUCAAUGGGAGCAGAAGUAUAUCUUGGUGGUUGUCUAGACUCAUCCUCCUUCAGCAGAGGAUUCUAGAUGAGCUAUCAUCUUCUCUAUAUGACCUAGUGCAACUAUUUAAGAAUAACACCUUGCUUCAAUUUGGUGAAUUAGAAAAAGUUACUAAUUAUUGGGGUUCUAUGUUAUACGAGGGAGAAGCUUUAAGAAUUGUGUCAAUGUCUCAACUAGAAGCAGGAAUUAUUGAUCAUAAAUAUAGCCGAGCUGACUCCUCGAGGGUGCAUCUGAGAUGUGCUGAAGAAGCAAGCGGACUGCAUCUUUCUGUUACAGGGGCUCUUGGAUUCAGGACAAUACACCAGGUUGAUGCGAAGCCUCAAUUGGUUCUUGUUGCAAACACUGAUCAGCAAAUUCAUGGUGGUGGAAGUGCAACAGAGUUAUCUCAAGCCCAGAGCGAUAGUAAUGCUUGUGAAAAUAAAAAGGAUUCAAAUCAUAGUGGGCAUUAUGAUUGUUGCGAUAUAUUAAUGGCACCAAGAUUGAUGGAAAGUGAGAAUGCGAACACCGUUGAUGGUGGUAAUGGAGAUUUUAUUAAAAUUAGCAAGGAUACUGCAUUAACAGCAAUCCAACAAGCUGUUGUACUAGCACAGUGCCUACAUCUUAGUAGGAUAAAUCGUGAUGAUGAACUGUCAAGGUGGGAAAUGGCCCCAUACAUAGAGGCUGUUGAUGCCCAACAUCAAUCAUGCUACUCAAUUAGAAGCUUCUGUGACAUACUGCGCAUUCGAUGGGAAUCCACUCGUAGUCGCACAAAGCAGCGGGCUUUGUUAAUGAUGGAUAAGCUGGUGGAAGUUGUAUAUGAAGCUUUUCCUAUGGCUGCACAAAGGAUUCAGUUAGCGUAUGGUGUUUAUAUACCAACCAUCCCUGCAUUGCGGAAAGAAUAUGGGGAGCUUUUGGUGAGCUGUGGUAUGAUUGGAGAAGCACUAAAAAUUUUUGAAGAUCUUGAAUUAUGGGAUAAUCUAAUUUAUUGCUAUCGGUUGCUAGGGAAAAAGGCAGCAGCUGUUGAUCUUAUCAAUGCACGGUUGUCUGACAUGCCUAAUGAUCCAAGAUUGUGGUGUUCGCUUGGUGAUGUCACAAAUACUGAUGCUUAUUAUGAGAAAGCAUUGGAAAUUUCAAAAAAUAAGUCUGCUAGGGCUAAGCGGUCUCUGGCUCGAAGUGCAUACAAUAGGGGUGACUAUGAGGCAUCUAAAAUUAUUUGGGAGUCCGCCUUGGCAUUAAAUUCCUUAUACCCGGAUGGCUGGUUUGCACUUGGUGCUGCUGCAUUGAAGGCCCGAGAUAUUGAUAAAGCAUUGGAUGCGUUUACUCGCGCUGUUCAGCUAGAUCCUGAUAACGGAGAGGCUUGGAAUAAUAUUGCUUGUUUGCAUAUGAUAAAGAAAAAGAACAAGUCAGCAUUCAUCGCUUUCAAGGAAGCAAUAAAGUUCAGGAGGAAUAGUUGGCAACUCUGGGAAAACUUCAGUCAUGUUGCUUUGGAUGUAGGGAACUUCCACCAGGCACUGGAAGCUAUUAAAAUGGUACUAGAUCUGUCAAACAAUAAACGAGUAGGUGUUGAAUUACUGGAUAAGAUUAUGAAAAAGUUUGAAGAAAGGACCUCUAAGCCUGCUCUGUCUUCUUUUGACGUCCCUGAAAGUGAUACAGAAGCAACCCAUUCUUUAACCGAAUCUUCUGAUGAGUCUGGAUGCUCAGAAUCUAUCCUCAAAGAACCAAGGGAAACUGAAUUCUUGUUGGACAUGCUUGGCAAUAUUCUGCAACAGAUUAUUCGAAAUGGUGGUGGCCAGGAAGAUACAUGGGGUCUAUAUGCAAGGUGGCACAAAAUUAAAGGCAACCUCACUAUGUGUUCUGAAGCCCUUUUAAAGCAAGUUAGAUCGUUCCAGGGUUCAGAGCUCUGGCAUGAUAGGGACCGGUUUAAAAAAUUUGCCCAUGCUUCUUUGCAACUGUGCAAGGUUUACAUGGAAAUUGCUGCCUCCACCGGAAGUCGUCGAGAACUUGUGACAGCUGAGAUGCAUCUAAGAAGCUCAGUAAAACAGGCUGUGGACUUCACAGAUACUGAGGAAUUCAGGGAACUUGAAGCCUGUCUUAAUGAAAUAAGGCAGCGGCUGGAUGCUGCUUCCACUGAAGGUGCCUAGUUGGGAAGGAUUUGUCUUCACACUUAUGCAGUGGUGCAUUGUACAAAUUGAAAGGUGCACCUGGUUACAUCAACUGCAGCACAUCUCCAUGAAUCUGAAACUCAUUGAGUUCUGCAAUUUAGUUUCAAUCAGCCCCUGCGACUUGUGACCUUAUCAUAGCGAAUUUGAUCCUUAAGGUAUUAAAAAUAGCCAUGAGAUUCAGGAGGGCAAGGAGAGUUCGCGUUGAUGCAGUUUGAAAGAAAAACAGGUGGUGCCAGUUUCUUGAAAUAAUGGGUUUUCAGCGUAUAUGUACAAAACCAUAAUAGGAGGGAAAACGUGUUUAUUUUUAAAAAAAAUGAGGAAAAGAAUAGGCAGAACCCAUCCUGCGUCAUUGAGACAAUGGUAAGGGGAGUAACAGAAGAGUAAUAUCUACUUCUGUCCGUUUACCAGAGUCAAUUCAGUACGAAUUUUUCAUGAUGCUAUGCUCAGCUUUUAUUGUAACCAAUGCCGAAUGAGUGGAAAUUUUGUUCAAUGCAUGUUUUUCAAAGCAUAUAUUAGAUUUAA